AUGGGCAGCGUGGCGAUGGACUCCGACUACGGCGCGCCGCGCGAGCUGUCGCCGCUCCAGAAGGCGCGCGCGCUCUACCGACCGGAGCCCCCGCCGUGCCUCCAGGGCACCACGGUCACGGUGGAGUACGGUGAUGCUGCAAUCGCGGCCGAUAUCGCAGAUGCUCACGUCAUCAGCCACGCCUUCCCCCACACCUAUGGCCAGCCGCUGGCACAUUUUCUCACGAAGACGGCCAAUGUGCCCGACGCAAGCAUCAUAACAGAGCACCCUGUAGUCAGGGUUGGCGUUGUCUUCAGUGGGAGGCAAUCCCCAGGAGGGCACAAUGUUAUAUGGGGCCUCUAUGAUGCUAUAAAGGCCCACAACUCAAACAGCAAAAUUAUUGGUUUUCUUGGAGGAACUGAUGGAUUAUUUGCACAGAAAACUAUGGAAAUCACCGAUGAAGCUCUUUCAUCCUAUAAGAAUCAAGGUGGUUAUGACAUGCUUGGUCGGACAAGGGAUCAGAUCAGAACAACUGAGCAGGUAAAGGCAGCAAUGGCUACUUGCCAGGCAUUGAAGCUGGAUGCUCUUGUUAUAAUUGGAGGUGUCACAUCCAACACGGAUGCUGCUCAGCUUGCUGAGACAUUUGCUGAGUUGAAAUGUCCAACAAAGGUAGUUGGUGUUCCUGUAACUCUGAAUGGAGAUCUCAAGAACCAAUUUGUUGAAACAACAGUUGGUUUUGAUACCAUAUGCAAGGUGAACUCGCAGUUAAUAAGCAAUGUAUGCACAGAUGCUCUUUCUGCUGAAAAGUAUUACUAUUUUAUUCGGCUGAUGGGACGGAAAGCAUCUCAUGUGGCAUUGGAAUGUGCUCUUCAAUCACAUCCAAAUAUGGUUAUCCUAGGCGAGGAGGUUGCUGCGUCAAAACUUACAAUAUUUGAUAUUACAAAACAGAUAUGUGAUGCUGUGCAGGCAAGAGCUGAAAAAGACAAAUAUCAUGGAGUUGUACUUAUUCCUGAGGGUCUUGUUGAGAGUAUUCCCGAACUGUAUGCUUUGCUCCAGGAAAUUCAUGGACUACAUAAUAAAGGUGUUUCCGUUGAGAACAUCUCUUCUCAUCUUUCACCUUGGGCAUCUGCACUAUUUGAAUUUUUGCCUCCAUUCAUUAGAAAACAGCUGCUUCUCCAUCCUGAAUCUGACGAUUCAGCUCAACUGUCUCAGAUUGAGAUUGAGAAGCUUCUGGCACAAUUGGUUGAGACUGAAAUGAACAAACGCCUGAAGGAAGGCACUUAUAAUGGAAAGAAGUUCAAUGCUAUUUGCCACUUUUUUGGAUACCAGGCCAGGGGUGCCCUGCCUUCUAAAUUUGACUGUGAUUAUGGCUACGUUCUUGGACAUGUAUGUUAUCACAUCAUAGCAGCUGGUUUGAACGGCUACAUGGCCACUGUGACCAACCUUAAGAGUCCAGUAAACAAGUGGAAAUGUGGUGGUGCUCCCAUUACUUCUAUGAUGACCGUGAAGAGAUGGUCACGUGGUCCUGCCAGGAGUCAAAUCGGUAAGCCUGCUGUCCACAUGGCGAGUGUUGACUUGAAAGGAAAAGCAUACGAGCUGCUGAGACAAAACUCUUCCAGCUUCAUGAUGGAAGACAUCUACCGAAACCCUGGGCCACUUCAGUUCGAAGGGCAGGGUGCUGAUACAAAGCCGAUUUCAUUGUGCGUUGAAGAUCGGGACUACAUGGGAAGAAUCAAGCAGUUGCAGGAGUACUUGGAGAAGGUGAAAAGCAUUGUGAAGCCCGGGUGCUCGCAGGAUGUCCUUAAAGCAGCGCUAAGCGCCAUGGCUUCUGUGACGGAAAUGCUGACCAUCAUGUCUUCCCCGUCUUUUAGUGGCCAGGCGACCAUCUGA